AUGAAGGCAAAAGUUCCUAGGAACUUCAAGAGCCCUGAUAUGGACCUCUAUGACGGGACCACGGAUCUAAAGCAUCAUCUGAGCAACUUCAAGAGUUGGAUGUACCUGGCCGACGCUUCUGAUGCCACUCGCUGCAAAGCCUUUCCGACCACCUUGACGAAAGCAGCGAUGAAGUGGUUCGAUAGCCUUCCUCUAAGGUUGGUCACGAGCUUCGACGACCUCUCGCGGAAAUUUCUGAUGCGAUUCUCUAUACAAAAAGACAAGGUAAAGCACGCACCAAGCCUCUUUGGUGUGAAACAAGAGGUCGGAGAACCUUUGAGAAGCAUGGAAAGGUUCAACAAAGCGUGCUUGGAAAUUCAAGACUUGCCCACAGAGGCAGUAAUCAUGGGCCUAGUAAAUGGGCUCAGGGAAGGCUCUUUCUCCCAGUCCAUAUCAAAAAGACACCCUACCUCCCUGAACGAUGUACAGGAAAGAGCUGAAAAGUACAUCAACAUGGAGGAAAAUGCUAGACUACGAGAGCCGAAUUGGCGGCCUGGACACUCUCACCUGUCGAAAGAAAAAGAGAGAGAAUCCAAGAAGAAAGAGGAGAUUGGCAUGGAAAAGCCAAGGAGAUAUCACUCUUACACUCCUCUGAAAGUCUCCCUAGUCGAUGUGUAUAGUGAAAUUUGCCACACUGAAAGGCUUCCACCCCCUAGGCCCAUCAAGAACAAAAAGGGGGGAAGUCGCAGCGACUACUGCGAAUACCACAAAAUGUAUGGCCAUCCUACAAACGACUGUUACGACCUCAAAAACGUGAUAGAAAAGUUGGCCAGAGAAGGUCGGCUCGACAGAUAUCUCAUAGAGAGAUCGAACAAUCACGAAAAAAGGAAACGAGAGGACAGUGAUCGAAGAGACCCACCACUACAAACCCUAAAGAGACAUGUACACAUGAUCUCAGGAGGGUUCGGAGGAGGAGGGCUCACCAAGUCAUCUCGCAAGAGACAUCUAAAGCAGGUCUAUCAAGUCGGGAACAAGACUCCCAAUCUCCCAACCAUCUCGUUCACCAAAGAGGAUGGGCAAGGGAUCAUGCCCGGGCAUGACGACCCGGUGGUGAUAACCAUGAUCUUGGUGAAUGCCAACCUCCACAGAACCUUGGUGGACCAAGGGAGUUUGGCUGACAUCCUCUUUAAACCCGUAUUCGACAAGUUAGGGUUGGAUGAAAGGGAGCUAAAAGCUUACCCGGACACCCUGUAUGGACUAGGAGACAUGCCAAUAAAGCCACUGGGAUACAUCCCCCUUCACACGACCUUCGAAAAGGGGGAAAAUUCCAAAACUCUGAGCAUAGAUUUUAUCGUCAUCGAUGUCGGAUCGACGUAUAAUGCCUUGAUUGGCAGGACUACGCUAAAUCGGAUCGGAGCGGUGGUGUCAACCCCUCAUCUUUGCAUGAAAUUCCCAACACCUAAGGGAAUAGUGACGGUACGGGGAGACCAGAAAUUGGCAAGAAAAUUCUACAACGAAAGUUUGAACCUCCGAUGA